UCUUCUGACCAAUCACAAACCAGUUUGCUUUGAGGUGGGCGACGGUUGUACGCAUGUGCACAGUGUGUAAUGUGAAAAAGGGGGGUAAACAGCUAACAGUUAGCGUGUUAAAACGAAACAAAAAUGGAUUCACAGAAAGAUCUGCAGCCGCCAAAACAGCAGCCUAUGAUCUACAUAUGUGGAGAAUGCCAUACAGAAAAUGAAAUCAAGGCCCGUGAUCCAAUCCGAUGCAGAGAGUGCGGCUACAGGAUCAUGUAUAAGAAGAGAACAAAGAGAUUGGUUGUUUUUGAUGCCAGAUGAAGAAGAGGCGAGCUGCAGUUUCAUUUAUUAUCUGUACUAUUUUUGUAGUGAAUGACUGUGUAAAUACAUAAAAUUCCAGGCCUGACUCCAUAUUUCUGAAUUCAGCUCAAAACUCACAAUUUUCAUGUUGACACAAAAAGUGUCUGAAGAGUGAUGGAUGAAAGAUUUGAUUUAUUAAAAAUAUGAUUUUCACUGAA